GCCGGGGCGGGAUCACGUGACAGCUAAGAUGGCGGCGUCCUUCGUGCCGCUGCUGGCGCUGUGUCUGCUGCUGGCUCUGCCGCUGCUGCUGCUGGGUGGAUGGAAGCGCUGGCGGCGGGGACACGCCGCCCGACACGUGGUCGUGGUGGUGCUGGGCGACGUGGGCCGCAGUCCUCGCAUGCAGUACCACGCGCUGUCGCUAGCCAAGCACGGUUUCUCCGUAACGCUGCUGGGCUUCUGCAACUCCAGGCCCCGCGCCGAGCUCUUGCGCAGUGACAAGAUUGAGAUUGUGAAGUUGUCAGAACCACCGCGGCUUGCAGUGGGGUCCCGCAUUCUGCAGUAUGGGAUCACAGUGGUGUUUCAUGCCGUGCACUUGCUGUGGAUGCUGAUGCGCACGGAGCCGGCUGCCUACAUCUUUCUCCAGAACCCCCCAGGCCUUCCUGGCAUUGCUGUCUGCUGGCUUGCAAGCUGCUUUUGUGGGAGCAAGCUCGUCGUCGACUGGCACAACUAUGGCUACUCCAUCAUGGGCCUGGUGCAUGGCCCCAGCCAUCCCAUUGUUCUGUUGGCCAAAUGGUACGAGAGGUUCUUCGGGCGCCUGACCCAUCUGAACCUGUGUGUGACCAACGCCAUGCAGGCGGACCUGGCAGAGAACUGGCACAUCAAAGCUGUGACUGUCUAUGACAAGCCGGCAUCAUUCUUUAAAGAGACGCCACUGGACCUGCAGCAUGAACUGUUCCUGAAGUUGGGCCGCACCUACCCACCCUUCAGGGCCCGCUCGGAGCCCUCGGACCCAGCUGUAGAGAGAUCAGCCUUCACAGAACGGGAUCCUCGGAGCGGGACGGUGACGCAUCUGCGCGGCCGACCAGCCCUGCUGGUUAGCAGCACAAGCUGGACAGAGGACGAGGACUUCUCCAUCCUGCUGGCUGCCUUAGAAAAAUUUGAACAGCUGAGUCUCCAUGGAGACAGCCUUCCUCCUCUAGUGUGCGUGAUAACAGGCAAAGGGCCCCUGAAGGAGUACUACAGCCGCCUGCUGGGCCAGCGGAGUUUCCAGCACAUCCAGGUGUGCACCCCGUGGCUGGAGGCUGAGGACUACCCACUGCUCCUGGGCUCAGCUGACCUGGGUGUGUGUCUGCACAAGUCCUCCAGUGGCCUGGACCUGCCCAUGAAGGUGGUGGACAUGUUUGGUUGUUGCCUGCCUGUGUGUGCAGUGACCUUCAAAUGUUUACAUGAGCUUGUGAAGCACGAGGAGAAUGGCCUGGUCUUCGAGGACUCAGAUGAACUGGCUGCUCAGUUUCAGAUGCUUUUCUCAGAGUUCCCAGAUCCUGUCAGCAAGCUGAACCUGUUCCGGAAGAACCUCCGGGAAUCGCAGCAGCUGCGGUGGGAUGAGAGCUGGGAGCGAACUGUGCUGCCCCUGCUGAUGGACACCUGACCCCUGCUCUCUGACCUGCCAGUGGCUGGGAGGCAGGAGGACAGCAGCGCAAGUUGCCAUUCUAGCAACAGGAUCCAUAGAGGACCUCUGGCCUCUCAUUUCUCCUGUCCCUGCCUGCUUGCUUCUGCACAUGUCAGCACAGUGCCCUCUGCCCCAUCAUGUUCUUUGCGUUCUGACUCCUCCAGCACCGUGCUGUGCUGAGGUCCGGGAAGACCAAACUCAACAGGCAUCUUCGUGUACACGUAGAAAUGCUGAUGGCUGAGCCGUGCCCCCUUCUGCUCAGGGUGGUUCUCCCAGCUGCAGGGGCACAGCUGCAGUUCCUGGUUUGCAGCUGGACCUUCCCCCUCUGUAGCCCA